GCGAGCAGCUGCUGGAAACUAAAGUCGAAUGUUUGGGUUUUCGGCUGAACAGAGUUGGAGCUCGGACCAACUGUGACUUUAGCUGCAUGUAGAGGAUGAAAUAAGCUUAAAUGCAGCGAAGAAACGACUUCUGGAGUCGUCUGAGAGAUGUCUGACACCGUGGACUCUGUAUUUUCAUCAGAGGACAAGGAGGACAAAAAGGAGACAGCUGACAUGGAGGGUGGCAGCGAAGGGGACGACUCCGAAACCAGAUGGACCGAAGAACUCAGACUGGUCCUCAUUGGAAAGACUGGAUCUGGCAAGAGUGCGUCUGGAAACACCAUCUUGGGCCGCAGGCAGUUCCUGUCACAGACCAGCGCCAGCUCUGUCACCCAGAUUUGCGAGCUCGGGAGCGCUGAGCUCGCUGUGGAAGACAACAGCGAGGAGUACGGCCAGGCUGUCAGACGGAGGAGGGUGAGGAGAAUCAUGGUGGUGGAUAUGCCAGGUUUUGGGGACACUCACCUUAGCGUGGAGCAGAUUCACGCAGAGAUAGCCAAAUGUGUUUCUCUCUCUUCCCCCGGCCCACAUGCUUUCCUGCUCGCGGUGCCAAUAGGAAGAUAUACAGACAAUGAGAACCUGGCUGUGUGUGAGUUGGCGAAGAUAUUUGGGGAGGAUGCUGUCUGUCACCACACACUGGUUCUUUUUACCAGAGGGGAUGACCUAGAGGAUGUAGGAAUUAAUGAGUAUCUGAAAAAGACUGCUCCUCCUGAGCUUAAGGCUCUGAUUGACAGGUGUGGGGGCAGGUACCAUGUACUCAACAACAGAGACCUUAGUAACUCAGCACAGGUUGCAGAACUCCUGACGAAGGUGGACGAGAUGGUGAAGCAUAAUAACACAGGGUUUUACACUAAUGCCAUGUUUUUAGAGGCAGAGGCUGCCAUCAGGGAGGAGCAGAGAAGGAUGCUGAGGGAGCGAGGACAAGCAGACGGUGAUGAGCGAGAGGGAAAUAACCGCAGAAUGGCAGAACAGGCUAAAUUUGCAAAGCGAGGAAAGUGUGAUUUGGAGUCUGACAGUGCACGAAGCAGCGAGGCAGGAUCACAGGGGCUCAGGAGGAGGGAGCUGGAAAGAGGAAAUGAGGAUUUCAGGGUGGAGAGAUGGACAGAGGAGAGCAGGGGGAAUGCUUUUAGCUUUCUGAGGGACCAGUUCAGAGGCCGGCGUCGAGGCAGCAGCAGGACCGUAAGCAGGCGUCAGUCUCUCCGUUCAUCUUUGAGUCGCUUUAGGAGGGAGGCAGCGCUCUCUGCUAAGGUGCUGAAGAGAGUUAAAAUCUUAGUGGCUGCUGGAGCCACAGGUAUGGCAGUUGGGGCAGUGUUUGGGGCUGCUGCCCCUUUAGCGGCUGCAGCCGGGGCAUCUCUGGUGGGGAACUCGGUUGGUUUUGCAGCAGGUCAGUUAGCUGGGAUGUCUGUAGCGGGAGGCACAGGGGUUGGGAAAGCUGUAGGGGCCAUAGUGGCAGCAGCCUCGGGAAAAACUGCAGUCGCUCUUGGGGCAGCAACAGGUGGAGUUUUGGGCGGUUCUAUGGGAGCAGUUGCUGGUGCUGAGGCUGUCACUCCUAGGGAGGGUGCUUUGGAUGCCCUUAGCCAGGUUAGCGCCGUGGGGGCCUCUGCUGUGGGAAUGGCAGCAGGUGUGGGAUGCACCAUGGGAGCUGGGGCCGCUUUAAGUGCAGCUCUGGAGGGAGCUGCUUUAAGCACAGCGGCUCUCGGUGGAGCUGAAACUGCCACAGUCGGGGCAACAGGUGCAGCCACCAGUUCUGUUGCUCAGUGUAGUCUGGCUUCAGCAGCGGGGCAGCAUGCAGUGGCCUGCGCAGGAAGUGUAGCAGCAGGCGGUGUGGCUCCUCAGUGUGCUGCAGCCCUCGCUCAGGAGAUGGCUGCUGGGUCUGCAGGUCCCGUAUGUGGACUAACAGGGCCCAGUGUGGCAUCAGUGGCCAGCAGGGUGGUAGCGGACCCUUGGGGCGCCGUGACGACGACAACACGCAUCUUGAAUGCGGUGGCUGAGAUCGGCAAAGCUGCAGCCGGCAUCGCUCUGGCCGGUGGUCUGGUAGUGAAGGUGGUGAAAGAGAAAGUGAGGUGUGGCGCUGGAACGACAGAGCCCAGCUACACAGAGAAGAAGUCUUAUGAAAUCUACUGGAAUAAAACAAACUAAGACUGGAGUCAGAUGCCAGUUUAUUGAGAUCAUAUGCAAUAUUUUUAAAGAACAGCAAACAGUGUGAUAUGUAGCAGUAUUCCAUAUAUGAACAAGUAAUCCCAUUCUAAAAGUAGAACUGCUGAUUGCAUAUGUUGGUUAAGGACAGUUAGAGGCUGAUGAUUAAGUGCUAGAAAAGGAUAUUAGUGCACAGUGUUAUGAUACAUUUGCUUUAUUUCUUGAUUUCAAACACAUUAAGUCACAUUUUAGAUGAUUAGAAGAUCUAAAAUCUUCAUACACUUUUGUAGUUUACACUUUGACUUAAUAGUUUUUUUAGUGUUUAUACAGAAAAAAUCAGAGCACUAAUGACAGAAAAUAAGCUCUCAGAUGAUAGUAUUUGCUGGGUGAUGUGUGUUAAUGUGAUUAGUGUUAUUGAAUAUUAAUUGUUGCUGAAAAUGAACAAAAGCACUAAAGUUUUACAAAGCAUUUUAAAUCCAGAGGGGUUAGUACUGACAGAUGACAGUGGGUGGUUUUAUUGCACUUUCUGUAAUCUGUAAACCAGAGAAAAGCUUCACAGUUAUUUAUUGACACUAUUUUUCAACUGUGUUCAUCUGUUGUAAAUGUACCAAAACAUUUCUGCAUUCAUGUUUUUGCAGUGAAUUAUCAACAAUAAAGACAUUUUUCUUCCAUAA